AUGUGGGCACCAGUCAGCCCACAGAAUAAUGUGGGCAUCAGUCAGCCCACAGAACAAUGUGGGCAUCAGUCAGCCCACAGAACAAUGUGGGCAUCAGUCAGCCCACAGAACAAUGUGGGCAUCAGUCAGCCCACAGAACAAUGUGGGCACCAGUCAGCCCACAAAACAAUGUGGGCAUCAGUCAGCCCACAGAACAAUGUGGGCACCAGUCAGCCCACAGAACAAUGUGGGCACCAUCCCACAGAACAAUGUGGGCACCAGUCAGCCCACAGAACAAUGUGGGCACCAGUCAGCCCACAGAACAAUGUGGGCAUCAGUCAGCCCACAGAACAAUGUGGGCACCAGUCAGCCCACAGAACAAUGUGGGCCCCAGCCCACAGAACAAUGUGGGCACCAGUCAGCCCACAGAACAAUGUGGGCACCAGUCAGCCCACAGAACAAUGUGGGCAUCAGUCAGCCCACAGAACAAUGUGGGCAUCAGUCAGCCCACAGAACAAUGUGGGCACCAGUCAGCCCACAGAACAAUGUGUGCACCAGUCAGCCCACAAAACAAUGUGGGCAUCAGUCAGCCCACAGAACAAUGUGGGCACCAGUCAGCCCACAGAACAAUGUGGGCACCAGUCAGCCCACAGAACAAUGUGGGCACCAGUCAGCCCACAGAACAAUGUAGGCACCAGUCAGUCCACAGAACAAUGUGGGCACCAGUCAGCCCACAGAACAAUGUGGGCACCAGUCAGCCCACAGAAAAAUGUGGGCACCAGUCAGCCCACAGAACAAUGUGGGCAUCAGUCAGCCCACAGAACAAUGUGGGCACCAGUCAGCCCACAGAACAAUGUGGGCCCCAGCCCACAGAACAAUGUGGGCAUCAGUCAGCCCACAGAACAAUGUAGGCACCAGUCAGUCCACAGAACAAUGUGGGCAUCAGUCAGCCCACAGAACAAUGUGGGCACCAGUCAGCCCACAGAACAAUGUGGGCACCAUCCCACAGAACAAUGUGGGCACCAGUCAGCCCACAGAACAAUGUGGGCACCAGUCAGCCCACAGAACAAUGUGGGCACCAGUCAGCCCACAGAACAAUGUGGGCAUCAGUCAGCCCACAGAACAAUGUGGGCACCAGUCAGCCCACAGAACAAUGUGGGCUGCCAGCCCACAGAACAAUGUGGGCACCAGUCAGCCCACAGAACAAUGUGGGCAUCAGUCAGCCCACAGAACAAUGUGGGCAUCAGUCAGCCCACAGAACAAUGUGGGCAUCAGUCAGCCCACAGAACAAUGUGGGCACCAGUCAGCCCACAGAACAAUGUGGGCACCAGUCAGCCCACAAAACAAUGUGGGCAUCAGUCAGCCCACAGAACAAUGUGGGCAUCAGUCAGCCCACAGAACAAUGUGGGCACCAGUCAGCCCACAGAACAAUGUGGGCACCAGUCAGCCCACAGAACAAUGUGGGCACCAGUCAGCCCACAGAACAAUGUGGGCAUCAGUCAGCCCACAGAACAAUGUGGGCAUCAGUCAGCCCACAGAACAAUGUGGGCACCGGCCUACAGAACAAUGUGGGCAUCAGUCAGCCCACAGAACAAUGUGGGCAUCAGUCAGCCCACAGAACAAUGUGGGCAUCAGUCAGCCCACAGAACAAUGUGGGCACCGGCCUACAGAACAAUGUGGGCACCAGUCAGCCCACAGAACAAUGUGGGCACCAGUCAGCCCACAGAACAAUGUGGGCAUCAGUCAGCCCACAGAACAAUGUGGGCCCCAGUCAGCCCACAGAACAAUGUGGGAACCAUCCCACAGAACAAUGUGGGCAUCAGUCAGCCCACAGAACAAUGUGGGCACCAGUCAGCCCACAGAACAAUGUGGGCACCAGUCAGCCCACAGAACAAUGUGGGCACCAGUCAGCCCACAGAACAAUGUGGGCACCAGUCAGCCCACAGAACAAUGUGGGUAUCAGUCAGUCCACAGAACAAUGUGGGCACCAGUCAGCCCACAGAACAAUGUAGGCACCAGCCAGCCUACAAUGUGGGCACCAGUCAGCCCACAGAACAAUGUGGGCACCAGUCAGCCCACAGAACAAUGUGGGCACCAGUCAGCCCACAGAACAAUGUGGGCAUCAGUCCACCCACAGAACAAUGUGGGCAUCAGUCAGCCCACAGAACAAUGUAG